GGUUCGCCAUGUUGAUAACAGUAACAACAGCACCCAGAGAGAGCGGAGGCGGAUGGAUGGAGGCUGAUCUCGAGGUUUUCCUCUCUAUUGUGUUAAACUUCUACGUUGAAUUUAACACCAGUUGAAAAGGCAUCGCAACCCAGAUGAGUCUAGACCCCAUCGCGUCACAGACAGAUUACUUUCCAGGCAGUUGGGUUUGUGAACUUGUAGGUGUUCUCGGUUUGAUUUGGCUUGGGGAAAACAGGCAGUGUGCCUUGGUGCACUGUGCACACAUUCCUACAGACACUCGCCCCACUUCCCUUUUCUGGUUUUUAAAUUAAGUACGGAGACUUUACAAAGCGAUAGACGCAACAUAUUUAAAAUGUCCAUCACCAACACACCGACAAGCAACGAUGCUUGUUUGAGCAUCGUUCACAGCCUCAUGUGCCACAGGCAGGGUGGGGAGAGUGAGACCUUUGCCAAAAGGGCCAUUGAGAGCCUGGUGAAGAAGCUGAAGGAAAAGAAGGAUGAGCUGGACUCCCUCAUCACUGCUAUCACCACCAAUGGCGCUCAUCCUAGCAAGUGUGUCACCAUACAGAGGACACUGGAUGGGAGGCUGCAGGUUGCUGGUCGCAAAGGGUUUCCCCAUGUUAUCUAUGCUCGUCUGUGGAGGUGGCCUGAUCUUCACAAAAAUGAACUGAAACAUGUCAAAUACUGUCAGUAUGCCUUUGACCUGAAAUGUGACAAUGUCUGUGUCAACCCUUACCACUACGAACGGGUUGUGUCACCUGGCAUAGACCUUUCAGGAUUGACAUUACAAAGUUCUGCUACCUCAGGCCUUCUAGUGAAAGAUGAGUUUCAUGAGUACGUGGAGGGGCCGCAGUCCCUGCCCAGUGAAGGGCACUUGAUUCAGACCAUUCAGCACCAGCCAAGCAGCCGGCCUGUCACUGAGGCCUAUAACACACCAGCCAUGCUACCGCCGUCGGAGUCCAGUAGUUCCAGCUCCACCAACUUUCCCAGCAUUCCUGUGGCUUCUUCAAGCCAGUCCAGCACUAUGUUACCAGGAAACCACAGUGAUGGACUACUUCAGAUUGCUUCUGCUGCUCAGCCAGGAUCGCAGCAAAAUGGUUUCCAGGCACAGCCUGCUACUUACCACCACAACCCAACUUUAACCUGGUCAGGAAGCAGGACAGUAACAUAUACUCCCAACAUGCCCCACAACCAGAAUGGGCAUCUCCAGCACCACCCGCCCAUGCAACAUCCAGGGCACUACUUCUCUUCUUUUCCAGGGCAAGUGCACAAUGAACUUGCUUUCCAGCCACCAAUAUCUAACCACCCAGCUCCUGAGUACUGGUGUUCGAUUGCUUAUUUUGAGAUGGAUGUUCAGGUGGGGGAAACCUUCAAGGUGCCUUCAACCUGCCCCAUAGUCACCGUGGACGGCUAUGUAGAUCCAUCGGGAGGAGAUCGGUUUUGUCUGGGUCAACUGUCCAAUGUUCACAGGACAGAAGCCAUCGAGAGAGCCAGGUUGCACAUUGGAAAAGGUGUACAGUUGGAGUGUAAAGGAGAAGGAGAUGUCUGGGUCAGGUGCCUCAGUGAUCACGCUGUUUUUGUCCAGAGCUACUACUUGGAUAGGGAGGCUGGCCGAGCACCUGGGGAUGCAGUGCACAAGAUUUAUCCAAGCGCUUAUAUAAAGGUGUUUGACUUGCGGCAGUGCCAUCGGCAGAUGCAACAGCAAGCUGCCACAGCGCAGGCUGCAGCUGCUGCUCAGGCUGCAGCAGUGGCCGGUAAUAUCCCUGGACCCGGGUCUGUUGGGGGAAUUGCUCCAGCUAUCAGUCUGUCUGCUGCUGCUGGGAUCGGCGUGGACGACUUGCGGCGGUUGUGCAUCCUCCGAAUGAGCUUUGUCAAAGGCUGGGGGCCAGACUACCCACGACAGAGCAUCAAGGAGACACCGUGCUGGAUCGAGAUUCACCUGCACCGUGCCCUGCAGCUUCUAGAUGAGGUCCUGCACACCAUGCCCAUUGCAGACCCCCAGCCUCUGGACUGAGCCCUGCCGAGCCCGCAGGAUGCAGUUAGAACAGACUUCUACAAAUUUAUGUUGUAACACAAUGACGCAUUCAAUCCCCAAGCUCCAUAUUCCUUUAGGACAAACCGAAGAUGCAAAUAGAAAUUGCAAAAACACAAUAUUUUGAGCUUUGGUUUCAGGCUGUUGCUGUUUUCCUUCGCACCUAUCAUGUUAACAGGGCCUUGUUAAGAAACAGGAAAAAGCAAGCAUCCUGAUGGGAUUUAAAUAAAUAAAUGAAAUCUUAGAUGAUGCAAUAGAAAUGACACCCCACAACAAGCUUAUCAGUGUUUCAAGUUACAGCAGAAUGCCGUAAAAGAUUUUAAAAAACAGAUGCAGUUUCAAAUUUGUUUUGUGUAUUUGUUUUGUGUUUUUUUUUUUUUUUUUUUUGGG